AUGCAUCCUAGCCUGGCACAAUUUCUGCCGCCAUCUCCGGGCGAAGACCCGAAGUGCCUGAGGCGAUGCUGGCAACGAUGGGCUACAUCACCCCAGAGCGGCUUGUCCCAAAUUUUGUUGUUUGCGGCAUCCUUUGCGGCAUCCUUUGCGGCAUCCCUUGCGGCAUCCCUUGCGGCAUCCCUUGCAGCAUCCCUUGCGGCAUCCCUUGCGGAGCAGUUCUCAGACAUGAGUGCAAGCAGACACGUGAAGCUGACCGCUGUGCCCCAGGCUGGUUGGGGCCAGAUCCUGCUGUACAUGGCCUACUGCGAGGCCUCCCAGACGCAGGAGCCGGGCACCGCGGCCUAUGCUGGAGACUUCGGCUUCAAGGUUCUCACCUCCAGCGACCCGGCCGAGAAGACCAAGAAGCUGAGCCUGGGUCGGGGUGGGCGUGAGAGGAGUGCCGAGUUGGCAAAUGGCCGACUGGCGAUGAUGGCCAUCAUCGGCAUGCUCCGGGGCUGCAGACCAGAGUUCCCCAAAGUUGCCUCCUUCAAAUGA